CAACCUAAUAGAUGAGAAUGACUGAUGUGUAAGAGGCAGAGCCCAGCACAGUGCAGACAGCCUCGCGGACCAGCGCCCAGACCCAAGAUCAGCCCAGCUGCCUUAGCGCUGGAGACCCUCUCCCCGCCAAGACUGUCGCCACCACCUCCGCCAUGCGCCCUCCUCAGUGACAUGUACCCUGAAGAGAGCCGGGGACCGGGAGGGGUAGCCGCUAUGGACUUCCUGGAGGGGGCGUACAACUACGCAGCCCCUGCCCAAGUGCCACUUUACAGCCACUCCACCGGUGGCUACUACUCUGCCCCAUUGGACACCCAUGGAUCGCCCUCAGAUGGCAGUCUUCAGUCCUUAGGAAGUGGGCCUACUAGUCCUGUUGUGUUCGUGCCCUCUAGCCCACAGCUCAGCCCCUUCCUGCACCCAGCCAGCCACCAGGCACUGCCCAGCCAGCCCUACUAUCUGGAGACCACCUCAACACCAGCCUACAGGUCCAGCGUGGCAUCCAGUCAACAGCCUGUGUUACGGGAGGAACUCUGUGGCACUACGGACGGUACGGUGGGCUCGGCACCGGCGUCUGGGUCAGGGGCCAGAGUGUUCGAGAUGGCCAAAGAAACACGCUACUGUGCCGUCUGCAGUGACUAUGCCUCUGGUUACCACUAUGGGGUGUGGUCCUGUGAGGGCUGCAAGGCCUUCUUCAAGAGGAGCAUUCAGGGUCACAAUGACUACAUGUGCCCUGCAACCAAUCAGUGUACUAUCGACAGGAACCGGAGGAAGAGCUGCCAGGCAUGCCGUCUUCGGAAGUGUUAUGAAGUGGGCAUGAUGAAGGGAGGUAUGCGCAAGGAUCGUGGGAGUCGUGUUUUGCGGCGUGACAAGAGGCGGAACGGCGCCAGCAUCAGAGACAAGGGUGCCAAGGAGCCGAAGCAAAGAACAGCGCCCCCUCUGGAUGGGAGGAAAAACAGCAACAGCGCUGGAGGUGGGGAUGAGGGAGGCAGGGGAGGAGGUGGUGAAUUUAGCGCGUCCAGAAUCAGCAUGCCUCCUGACCAGGUGCUUCUGCUGCUUCAGGGUGCGGAGCCCCCGGUACUGUGCUCCCGCCAGAAACUGAGCCGCCCCUACACCGAGGUCACCCUGAUGACCAUGCUGACCAGCAUGGCCGACAAGGAACUGGUCCACAUGAUCGCCUGGGCCAAGAAGGUGCCAGGUUUCCUACAGUUGUCCCUCCAUGACCAGGUGCAGCUGUUGGAGAGCUCUUGGUUGGAGGUGCUGAUGAUAGGCCUCAUCUGGAGGUCCAUGCACUCCCCCGGCAAGCUCAUCUUCGCCCAGGACCUCAUACUGGACAGGAAUGAAGGGGACUGUGUGGAGGGCAUGGCUGAGAUUUUUGACAUGCUACUGGCCACUGUUUCCCGCUUUCGCCUGCUCAAGCUGAAGGCUGAGGAGUUUGUCUGCCUCAAAGCCAUCAUCCUACUCAACUCUGGUGCCUUUUCUUUUUGCGCUGGCUCAAUGGAUCCCCUUCAUGACAGCUCUGGAGUGCAAAACAUGUUGGACACCAUUACUGAUGCUCUAAUACAUUACAUCGGCCAGUCAGGAUGCUCGGUGCAGCAGCAGUCGAGAAGACAAGCCCAGCUGCUCCUCCUGCUUUCCCACAUUAGGAACAUGAGUAACAAAGGCAUGGGGCAUCUCUACAGCAUGAAGUGCAAGAACAAAGUGCCUCUGUAUGACCUGCUCCUAGAGAUGUUGGACGCUCAUCGCCUCCAUCGCCCAGUCAAAGCAGCUCAGCUCCAGGGUGACAGAGAGCCUUCUACCACCACCACCACCACCACCAGCACCAGCACCACCAGCAGCAGCAGCUCUAUGGCCUCCAGCAUAGGACCCUGGGGCAGCAAUGACAUCCUGACCAGAGCACCAGGUUCAGGGGUACUCCAGUAUGGUGUGUCCCACUCUGACAACUACACACCAAUCCAGUGAAACACAGCAGACACCAACCUUUGUAGAUAGUAUAUAUGUCAAAAGUCCCUUUGAUGGAUGGAAUAUUACACACAGUCUGAGGGUGUUGGACUGGCUGCUAGGUGAAGGUUGUGUACAAAUUCAUUUCAUGUGAGCUGAUUGUCUUUUAAUUUAAGGGAUUCUAUCAUUUUAGCUAUGUUGGUCACUGCCCCAAAUCAUGACAGUCUGUGCUUGAAUGAAGUUCUGCCUCUGCUGCCUUUCAUUACAUUUGUGAUUUUUGAGUCAGUCCCUAAGGCAAAAUGUUACAGCUUAUUAUUUCCAAAGCAGCAAGUGUUAAGACAUGUGGCGUGCUACAGUGAUUCAAAGUAAAGCGCUGCUAGAUGUUUCUCUCAUCUGUAUGUAAAACUCUCUGGACUCACAAGUGGUGCCUUGACUUAAAGUGCACUUGUUGGGUCAAGGGGAAACUGGGCAUUGUUUCCACUCUUGCAUAUUAAGUGUGACUGCAUGCCAAACUACACUAUGCUGAUGUGAACUAUGAAUGUAUAAUUUCUUUUCUUUCGCGUGCCUUGUUUAAAUUGCCCACACACAAUGUUAUAGAACUUAAACCUGUCUGGACAAACUGUUUUUGUUUUUUUCCGGUUCGGAAAUGAACUGCUUGAGGACAUCACCUUUGCUGCACUAAUUCUCAAGCACUGAAUUAAUUGAGGGGUCAGACCUUGGAGAUUUUAUUAGGGAAUAGUGGAAGUCCAACGCUGGCGCGGGGUUUUGUAAACCUGUCCACACUGGUUUGUGCUUUGGUGGCCUUCUCUUUAUGUUUGCAUGAGAAUAAGUGUUCAUGCACUGGUUUUGCUUUCAGUGUGUGUGUGUACGCGCGAACAAGAAUGAAAGGGAGAGUGAGAGGGGACAGAGAGAGAGAGAGAGAUGGUUGUGUGUGUAUGUGUGUGUGUGUGUGUGUGUGUGUGUGAGAGAGAGAGAGAGAGAGAGAGAGAGAGAGAGAGAGAGAGAGAGAGAGCAAGAAAGAGAGAUGUGUAUGUGAGAGAAAGAAAGAGAGCGAGGGGUUGUCUUUAUGCUAUCAUCCAACAAUUCAAUCUCAUGAGAGACACCAUUGGUUUCUAUUCAUCUACGAUUACAGUGUGAUCUUGGGACUGGAUUUGCAAUUCACACGCACACAAAAAAAAUCCUCUUAUCCGAAAACACAAGUGACACGCAUCAUUGCCAACAGUCAAACUUAAUAUAGAAAAAGGUUGUUCUUUCUUAGCAAAUCUUUGUAAAGAGAAAAAAAAACUGCUCCAUAUUUUGAAAAGUGACAUUUUGUGAGAUUUUCAUUACCAAGUUCUUUAUGAAAUUGGAUGGUUUGUUACAUAGGCUGUCGAAUUUUGGAGGAAAAUCAAAAAUGAAAUGAAAAUAUAUGCAAAUUUUUACACGCCAUCAGGCCUUUUAUUUUUCAAAUAGUCAACUUACAGCAUGAUAUGAAUGGUCACGGUUACUAUUCCUAUUCCAUGGUUGAGAUGAAAAUAAAUUGCUUCGUGUUCUUUUGUAAGGAAAGCUCUCUCUCUCUCUCUGUUAUACUUAGUAUUGUCACCUGCCACCCUUUACUUGUUGGAGGAUUUUGCGACCAGACAAACCUUGUGAACAUAGAUUUGAAAUUUGUCAAACAAUGUCAACAAUUAAAACAUGU